AUGAGGUCUUCCGUCUUGUCUCGCGAGCACUCGGGCAGUGAUAUUGCGAACGCCAUCCAGGAUGGCCUCAUGGUGCCUGUCAAGAAGGUCCAGAUGGGGACGCAUUUCAGAAAGAUCCGACACGCCGGCUCCGAGUACUACGCCCCCUGUGAAGGCGGCGAACCCGGCGCCAUCGCGAUGACAUGGAAGAAGGUGCCCCCGAAAAGGCUAAGGAGCCGGCGCUGA